AUAAAUUCGAUUAAACAAGUGUGUCGAAUUUUCAAAGAUACGAUAGAAUUUCGCGAAAAUGAAGGUAGAAGAGGUAAAAAGCACCGUGAAAACUCAAAGAAUAAGCGCCCAUACUCACAUAAAGGGUUUGGGAUUAGAUGAAGCGGGUUUUGCAAUCCCUUCGGCAGCCGGCCUGGUCGGUCAGGAGCAGGCUAGAGAGGCUGCAGGAGUCGUCGUGGACAUGAUAAAGAGCAAGAAAAUGGCCGGCAGGGCUGUGCUUCUAGCUGGCCCUCCAGGUACCGGUAAAACAGCCAUUGCUCUAGCGAUUGCACAAGAACUGGGUAACAAAGUACCAUUUUGCCCAAUGGUUGGCUCAGAAGUGUACAGCACAGAAAUAAAGAAAACCGAAGUGCUCAUGGAGAAUUUCCGGCGAGCUAUUGGUCUUAGAAUUAGAGAAACGAAGGAAGUCUACGAAGGAGAAGUUAGCGAACUGACACCCGUCGAAACAGAAAACCCCGCAGGAGGUUAUGGUAAAACUGUUAGCCAUGUUGUAAUCGGUUUGCGAACAGCCAAGGGCAGCAAGCAAUUGAAACUAGAUCCCAGCAUAUACGAAGCCCUGCAAAAGGAGAAGGUGGAAGUGGGAGAUGUCAUUUACAUUGAAGCUACAAGUGGAGCUGUUAAAAGACAGGGAAGGUCCGAUGCUUAUGCCACGGAAUUCGAUUUGGAAGCCGAGGAAUAUGUACCUCUUCCGAAGGGAGAUGUGCACAAGAAGAAGGAAGUUGUACAGGACGUUACUUUGCACGAUUUGGAUGCUGCUAAUGCGAAACCGCAGGGUGGUCAAGACGUGUUAUCCAUGAUGGGGCAACUGUUGAAACCAAAGAAAACUGAAAUUACGGAUAAACUCAGGAAAGAAAUCAAUAAAAUCGUUGACAAAUACAUUGAUCAAGGUAUCGCGGAAUUGGUACCUGGAGUUUUAUUCAUCGACGAAGUUCAUAUGUUGGAUAUAGAAACAUUCACUUAUCUCCACAGAGCUUUGGAAAGCGCUAUAGCACCUAUUGUUAUUUUUGCUACUAAUAGAGGUCGUUGUCUCAUUAGAGGAACCGAUGAUGUGUUUUCUCCACACGGAAUACCAUUAGAUCUGCUAGAUAGACUGCUGAUUAUACGCACAAUUCCUUACAACAAAUCCGAAAUGGAGCAAAUUAUUAAAUUGAGAGCUGUGACAGAAGGUUUGGAAAUUGAGCAGGAGGCAAUCUCGAGUUUGGGGGAAGUUGGGACAAAGGCCACCCUGAGAUAUGCAGUUCAGCUUUUGACGCCGUCAUUUUUAACGGCUAAAAUUAACGGAAGGAGCAACAUUCUCCAAAGCGACGUGGAAGAAAUUGGUACUCUAUUCCUCGAUGCCAAGUCUUCAGCUAAAAUACUUACCGAACAGAAAGAUAAAUUUAUGACGUAGACUCGAAAAUGGUUCGUUUGGGUUUAAGUUCUCCUUUACUUGCGUUCUUUUCUAGUGUUUUUGUGGAAGUUGAACGUGCUUUUUAGAUUUAUUUUUUCAUAAAUUUGUCGUUCGUUAUUCGAUCAAUAAAG